GAGUCGACCUGACAAAGCCCGCCCGCUCUGACAAGGAGAGGGAGAGGGAGAGCGUCCGCUGGAGUCUUCCUCGUACGGUGUCGCAGUGGGAAGGAAGAUGCGUACAUAUAAAGACCCUGGUGCCACCCAGGCCUCCUGUAACCGGAGCAUCGUGGCCGCCUUGAACCUCUCUGGACAGCUCUUUUGCCAUCCAAACUCGACGUUUUAUCACCUCCAUCAUGUCGACCAACCCUACCACCGACCCCUCCCCCAUCUCCGCAGUGACCAAUGUCCCAACGGUCUACGGCCGUGGGACGUGUCCGUGGUGCUUGAAGGAGGGCUACUGCCCGUGCAAUGUGCCUCUCUCCUUGCCCCCCGUGGAGCCGCUUGCGGACGAGGACCCCCGGCGGUUGCCCGUGAUCUAUAUGCUCGACCCGGAGACCAAGCUAUCCCCGGUGGUCCGGUGGUUCAUCUGGGAAUGCGGGGGCAUAAAGGUCUACGCCAUCCAGGUCAAGGAGCCCCGCGGGGACAAGCCCCUGCUCGAGGAGCUGGCCUGCAAGAGCGUCUCGCCGACGGUGAGUGGCGUCGAUCCCCGCAUCCAUGGCCCGCGUAAGCCCUUGGACUGGUACAAAGCCGAAGAAUCGUACCCCGACAAUCAGUACAUCUUCUUCGAAGGUAUCUGCGAGUUCAUCCACGCGUCCUCCCUCUCCUGUGUGCCCCUCUGGGGCCGGUCGGAAGAGGAGAAAAAGGCGAUCCAAGACCGGAUCUUUGCUGUUGGGCAGAUCCUAAUCCAACAUCUGGAGUGGUGUGCUUCGACAGAUAGGAACCCCUUCUGGCAGCCCAGCCCGACCGUAGCGGCGGUGUUCAAUGGCCUCCAGUGGAUGGAGGACAUCCUUCGCCAGUCCUCGUACCUGUGCGGCGCCACCAUGACCGCCGCGGACAUCUUCGCGGCGGGGUGCAUCUGCAACUACCGGUCCCUUUGCGAGGAUAUCAAGCUCCACAAGCAAUACCCCCGUACCGCGGCGUGGUUGCAGCACAUGUACGACAGGCCCGGGCGAGCCAAGGCGGCGAAGCCUUUUGUGUGGUCUCAGUGGAACAUCAUUAAUGUUGAGGAGUAG